AUGUUUGACGUGGAGUCAUUACCUAUGCCGACCGCCGAACAGGCCACCGGCGGUCGGGAGUCCCUGCAAACCGAUCCGCCGCGCAUCCUCACGUUGCCCGCUGAACUGCUGUCCAUAAUCGUAGAAGCCGUCGCAGAGUGCGAUCCGCCUCGCUUCCCCGUGUCUCCCUUUGAUAGGGAGAACAUAACGGGGUUCUUCGAUGAGUACCUGCGUGCGCGUCUGUGGGAGCCAGUCGUACAGGGAGGCUCCCUAGGGUGGAUUAAAUUGACGCACGUUUGCCGCAUGUGGAGGGAACACAUCUCCGAGAGCAUGCCUCUCCUAUGGUCACAACUUAUUGGAUACUUCUAUCAACGCGGCGCACUGGACGUGAUGCUGAGACGAGCUGGGGACGUUGUGCCGUUGUCUAUCACGUGCGGUCCCAACGACGUAUCCGUCAGGAUGACCAACUCGUCGUGGUGGCUUCUGGACGACCUCGUCUCCGAUCUCGGGUCGCCAGCCGACUGCCAGAUCUACAGAUCUCGUAUACAAUCUAUUCGGGUCAUCAAUCUGUCCCCCCACCAUCCUUCGAUCAGUCGAGAUCCCCCGCCUUCAAUCUUCAGCACAUUCGCUCAGCUACGCGUGGUAGAAGUGCAUUGCCUGUAUCUGCGCUCUAGAGACCUCGACGAAGAUAGGUUCAUCGACGAUACGCUCAUGAUCACAUCCCCCAAUCUACGUGAAGCGCGUUUUACGAAUUACAUCCUGCCUUGGGCGACUACCGAGCUCACCCACCUCUCUCUCGUGCUUGACGAAGAUGAGUUUCCGGGUGGGCUUUUGAUUAGCAUCUUCCACCUGAUAGCGCGCACUAUCGAAGUGCUCGAGAUUGAUAGUUGUUUACCCAUCAAUUACUUCAAGGAACCCCGCCCUGUGUUUUCCUUUCCGAGACUGCACCAGCUGCACAUACGCGACAGAGAUGAGUGGGUCAACCCGUUCAUGCAAGUCUUCUACAAUGCAUCCGUCACUAAGCUCAAUUUCACCCUCAAGUCUUCGUCUUUGUGGCCCGAUCAGGCAGGACCUGCUAUACGCAGUGCUCUGCGUUUACUGCGCUACGACGUAGAUCGUCCGCUCCAGUUCUUGGCUGUCACUGAAGAAUCUUGUGCAGCGGGGCUGAACCUAUCGCGCGAUUACGUUCGGCUGACCUUGGCUCAAGAGGGCCCUUCUCCCGGAUGGUCUGCCCAUACUGCAUGCUUCGAUCUCUCCCUCGCCAUCGAAAACCAGCGUCACUUUCGCAACAAGUACCAUGAAUGCGUCACAGAGAUGCUAAAUGUGGCGGCAGAUACGAUCUCGAACAUCUGGAACAAUAUCGUUGACCUUGAGCUCAACUUGCCUCUUUGGAAGCACUUCACCGUUGUCCAAUGUCUGAUCAAUAAACUUUCGAACCUUCGCUGCAUCCGGCUCUCUGACCCCAUGGAUCCAGAGAGCCUCCUCACGCAGGCCACGAAGACCAUCCUGUUUCCUCAGGGUAUCUUCGGCCCUUUCAUACCUCGCCUUGACAAACUUUGGAUAGUACAGAGCGGGGAGUGGACACCAGAUGUGUACAAGUUGGUCCUCCGUGCUUUAGCUGAAGCGCUGGCGAGCGCGAUCUCGCUCGUCAACAACAAUUAUAGAGCCGACGUCUUAAUUGGUCGAUUCCACAUAGUGCGGCUACGCCUGGAUAUCGUUCAACAGUCUGGCGAGGUCCAGAGCGCGUGGGAGCCUAAAGAGGAUUUGAUGGCGAUGUUCGGGAUGGUUGCAGAGAAGGUAGAGCUGAGGUUCCUGUAG